AUGGCUACUAUGGCAAAACAUUGCAAAUGCCGUUACAUCGCAGACAAGGGUGUAAUUUCUUGGACUGUUCGUAUUACACUGGAGGCGUACAAGAAUGAUCAAUAUCAGGAAGAAAGCUUCUAUGUCCACGACGUUAGUGGAAAGGAGACUCUGCAACUGAUUCUGCGAAACUUGGUGGUUUUUGUCUCCGCCCGUCAGCGAUCGCUUGCUGAUGAAUUCAUGAAGAAAACAAAGCAUGGAGUAGUGAGAGAUGUGGAAACGUUCAUAGUAACUCCGACAGUCGAAGUGAAUAAGGUGACGCAGCUA